AUGGUCGGCAUCAAGAACACUGCUAUCGGUCUCGCCGCUGCUGUCGGCAUGAUGCAGAUGGCUCCCGCCCCCAUCGCCAUUCCCAUUGAGAUUGGUGCCGCCAUCGCCGGCGGUGUCACGGCCGGUGCCAUUGGUGGCGGAGCCACGCUCUGCAGCCGCUACUGCCCGGGCCCCAAGGCCGUCCGCGGCGCCAAGUUUGGCAACGUGAUGGCCCGCGACCUGCCCCCGGGCGUCUCGCAGCACUCCAUCGACCAGUGCAAGGACCAGAUCAAGGACCAGUUCACCAAGAACCACAAGUCGGUCGAGAUUUCCGACGUUGACGAGAAGACCAUCAACGUCGCCAACGUGCCCCCGGCUUGCAUGGACCUCGCCACCGUCCUCACUGGCGACCCUGCCCAGAAUGGUGGUCCCCGCCCCAUCCCCAUGGGCUCGGACUCUCUUCACUAUACCAACAUCUCGGCUGAUGACCGCAAGCAGCUCGCCAAGGCUCUCAAGGCUUAA